ACCAGUCCCAGAGUGACGGACAGUCCCAGAGUGACGGACAGUCCCAGAGUGACGGACAGUCCCAGAGCGACUGCACCCCGCUUCGGGACGGCACUCGCCUUCUCAGAGUGACUGAAAGUCCCAGAGUGACGGCCAGAGUGACGGACAGUCUCCGAGCGACUGAAAGUCCCAGAGUGACGGACAGUCCCAGAGUGACGGACAGUCUCCGAGUGACUGAAAGUCCCAGAGUGACGGACAGUCCCAGAGUGACGGACAGUCUCCGAGCGACUGAAAGUCCCAGAGUGACGGACAGUCCCAGAGUGACGGACAGUCCCAGAGUGACGGACAGUCCCAGAGUGACGGACAGUCCCAGAGUGACGGACAGUCUCCGAGCGACUGAAAGUCCCAGAGUGACGGACAGUCCCAGAGUGACGGAGUGA